UAAAAUUUAUUAAAGCAUAGUAAUAGAUUAUAUUGACUCCUACAUCUUAUUAUGGUUUUAUUCUUUUUCUAAUGCAUUAUUUUCAUUAUUACACGAGACUGUUCUAAGCCACAUAGCUGUCACCUGAAACGUAAACAUGUCUGGUCUGCUGGAGCCAACUUUAUAUGUGAUCAAAGGCAUUGCCAUUCUUGACAAUGAUGGUAACCGUCUCCUGGCCAAGUACUAUGAUCCAAGUGUUUUCCCAACAGUGAAGGAAGAAAAAAAGUUUGAGAAGAACUUGUUUCAGAAGACACACCGAGCCAAUGCCGAGGUCAUUAUGCUGGAUCGGUUAACAUGCGUUUACCGUUCUAAUGUUGAUCUCUUCUUUUAUGUUAUGGGGUUGUCACAUGAGAACGAGCUGAUUCUUGUAUCUGUUUUGAGUUGUCUCUACGAUGCUGUGUCAGCAAUACUGAGGAAAAAUGUGGAGAAGCGCACUUUGUUGGACAACCUUGAUAUCAUCAUGCUAGCAUUGGAUGAGAUUUGUGAUGGAGGUGUUCCACUGGAGACAGAUCCUCAAGUAGUAACUCAACGAGUUUCUCUGAGGAUGGAAGAGAGUCCAUUCAACGAUCAGACAGUAACUCAGCAAGUGCGGCAGAAACUCGAGACCACGACGGGUGCGGUGUUGCAGUCAGCCCGAGAGCAGCUCAAGUGGUCGUUGCUCAAGUGAUGAACCCCACCCAGGAGUGAUCUUAGAUUUUCUUUAAGGAUUGUUAAUGGAGUUAUGAACUCUUUAUUAAAAUAAUACAAAUUUUUUUUUUAUGACAUACCAGUAGGUUUCAGGUGGAAUUAUAUAUUAAUAAAAAUUAGCAUGUUU